GCUCUUCUUCUUCUCCCUUGCAGCGGAACAAGAAGCCCCAAGCCACCGACAACACCCACCCUCUUGAGAAACGAAAAAUUUCAAAUUUGCUUUGUUCCUUCCCCUCCAUCUGCUGCUCUUGGCUAUGUGAGUGUGAAUUUUUCAGGUUUCUGGUAAGGAAACAGCCACUAAUUCCUCUUUUCUCCCUUGAUUUGGCUUGGGUUUACUCUAAUUUCUUUUGGUUUCUCCCAAUUUCUAGUAGAUCCCCUAAAUUCUCCUUUAAUUUCUGUCGGCUUCCCCAACCCGCCAGCUCCGAUUUUGCUUGUUGAAUUUUCUGGUUCUUGAUUAUUUUGUCACCCUAGCACUUGGAGUGAGUUUUCUGUGUUAUAUGAUUGAGGUAAGUAAAUUAUGGUAAUGCCCUUCAAUUUCAAAGUAAAAGCAUAUUUUAAAUUGUUUUUGAGAUGGUGGCAAAGUUUAAAUUGAUUUUAUUAACACCUGAGUAUGAUUAGAAUGGAAAUGAAAUUUUUUAUAUUUUUUGGGGUUAAGCAUGCCCACAUGGAAUUUUUUUGGUUUAUUCUUGAAAUUUGAGAUUGAUUGUGAAUUACGGAUUUUUCCUAUAAAUCCUACAUGGUUUUGUCUCUAAUAUAGUCAUGAUUACUGACGCCCGGUAGUGGAAGUUUGCAAAUGCUAGCACAUGUCGACAUGUAUACCAAUAGAACCGGUUCAUUCUGUAAUCUUGCCAAUGGGAUAACACAUUGGUUAUUACUGAUGCCUGUCAGUGGGAGUUUGUUAAACACUAGCCAUGACUUAUAGAUGAGACUACUACUGAAUCUUAUUCUGCAUUAACAAUUUAUCAUUGAACGUUUUGUUAUGUUAAAUUGUUUAUCAGGCAAGCUUAAAUUUUACUCACGGGCUAUCCAUAUUUUUACUUAUUGAGAUAUCUUAUCUCAUAGUUUUCCUUGUCCACCAUUUCAUAAAAUGGGACCCGAGGCACGGUUAACCAAGGGGAGGGACGAGCUAGAAGGCUAGUCAGUAUUUUGGACUUAGAUCCUUUUGGACUUAGGCCGUUAGCCACACAUGCUUGACAUAGAUGUGAAAUGAUAAAUCAUUUUUUGUAUAUUGAGUUUCCCUUGGUUAUAGCCAUGACUAUCUUAUAAACUUUUGUACAUCUU